CACUUUGUGCUGAUCUCGAUCGAGGGGCUUUUGCCAAUGCCAUUUUGCGUACGCCUUUGCCAACACCACUUAUCUGUACGCCUUUGUCUCGUAACCGUUGGGUAGGCGGACCGACGACACCGUUAUUUUUACCGUCCGCCGUCAUAACCGAAACCUCUGAGGCGUCAUUACGACUCCCCGAGCUGUGGUGA